CACUCUAUUCAUCCCUGCGUUGUCCGCGGUUCGAACAUAUGCUCUCGCGACUAUGCUAGUUUUACAGUUGUGAGUUAGUAGUUCGUCUUCGUUAGCAAACACUUGAAACACUAUACUUCGCUUAUGUUCGAUAUGGUUUUUCAAUAAACGUUAUUAAAAUUAUCGUCUCAUUUUCGCGAUUUAUCUUUCGUAAUCUAAUCCACCUAAUCAUAAUUAUUACAAAAGUAAUUAGGCAUUGGUAGCCCCAGAAAUUUCAUUGCUAGUGCUAGAGUAGCUGGUAUCGCGUCCUAGUUCCUGUUGAAGUGAUUUAUCACAUGUGCACUGAGUCAUAUUGAGGUAUAUGUACGAGUAUUACUUCAGUGGAUAGCAGAGCUGGUACAUACAUAUAUGUACGUUAAACAUGUGUUUUCCAACUUUUAAACAAUCGUUCUGUUUCUGUUCGUUGAGAACUGGAGUCCACCUCAUUUGCGGCAUUAGCUUAUUAUGGAACAUAGGCUGGUUCUUUUUUGAUAAAAACGAAAGUCCACCUUCCGUCCUAGAAAUUUUGGACAGUCAAAAUUUCUUCCAACUGCAUGAUGGGCAUCACUUCGCCGAGUACAGACAGUAUUAUUACAUCAUUCAGAUAGUAGUGUUGAUCUUAGCUCAGAUUGGAAUAUUUACAGUACGUAUGGAAAUCAUAACAAAAUCUCAACGGAACCAAUUAGUAGAGUAUAGUUUUAAACCUAAGACCUCGUCUCGCUGUUUAUAUCCACUGAUCAUGAGCGAACAGCUUAUGAUCUUUAUAUAUGUUUUUGCAACAAUACAUUAUGGCUACAUGUAUUAUAUGCGUUUUUCGGAAAGUAAAAGCAUAGUACUUACAAGCGACAUGCUCUACGCAAUGCUGUUCCCAAUACUAUCUGUACUCCAUUUCUAUUUGUGCUCGAUCAUCUACAAUUUAUUCAUCGAACUAUUAAAAGGAAACGACGGCUCAACAGUUACAACAUCCUUACCUGAAUCAGCUACCAGCCGGAAUGACCACGCGUCAUCACAUUUGUCUCCUCAUCAUAUACAAUUUCCAUAUGAUCCCGCCGCCAUAACGCCCACUUUUUGGAAAUAUCCGCCUAAUUUCCUCAAAACUGAACCCAAAUCGGUAGAUACUGCUGCUCGUGUUCCACUGUCAUCAGUGACAUCCCAAGUAUGAAGUCCUAUGGAUUAUAAAUCUACUGCAAUUAUCACGAAUAAGGAGAAAUUUCAUCAUUGUUGUUUUCUUUUUUUGUAAAUUGUUUUGUUCAUAAGUUUUAGGUACCUGUUAAGUUCCUACAUUUGAAUACCUAUUUAUAAUUUUUAUUGUUAGAGUGAAACAAUGAACUGAUUCCUAUUUGACAUUGAUUAAUAAUGUACAAAAUCCUCAAUAUAAUUUGCAGUUGGAA